CUAUACACAUUCUUCAUAUUACAAUUGUUUGCUAUCAUUUCUAACAUCAUCUCUGUUCUCAAAAUCAUUGGCUCAUCUAUCAACCUUUUUCAAUAAGUCUAUAUCUUCUGCAAGAGGCAUCAGUAAGUAAAAGACUAAUGGCAGAGAUGGCCAAAUAUAAGGUAGAAAAUAAUGACUUGGGUUGUGGUUUUCUAUCUGGGAUUUUCCAGUGCUCAAGAAAAUCUCUGGUUCAUUCAUUACCCACCAAUAUUAGCCAAAAUCAGUUGAAGGCACCAGACAAUGAUGAUUCCAAGAAGCCUAAGGAAUCCAAAGAAGUUUCUUUCGUUAUCUCCACCAAUUCGGCUAAGCCUUCUUCGAAUCAAGAAGUGAAGCACAUCAGAAAGCUGAGCUUUGAUCAUCCAAGGCCUUCUUCCACAGGUACUCACCAAAAGGUACUUCCAGGAAGAAGAAGCUCAGAUGCUGGAAGAAGCUCAACAUCUUCCAAUGGUUCUAGGCAACUCAAGGUGUAUGUGGCGCCGGAGGACAAAAAGAUUCAAAGAGCAUCUACUACUGGCUCGGCUGAGCUAAGUAGGAAGAUCAACGACCACCAUCAAGCCAAUGAAAGCAAACCUCUAGUCCGAGCCAGUUCAGGUAGUGUCAUUCAUUCAGGACAGGUCGGGAACUUGAGACUGCAGCCAGGAAUUUCGAGUCUGCUAACAGGCAAUAGUACUCCCAACUCCACACCGAAAUGUAAAGCUGCAGUGAUGGGAAACAUUGUGAAAAAGAAUAGUGACGACCAUGGAGUUCUUAGUUCUGUGAAUAAAUUAGACCCUGAGGCGUUGAAGUCAAUGGGAAAUGAAGCAUACAAGGAGGACAGAUUCGAAGAGGCCUUGGAUUUCUAUGAUCGAGCAAUUGCUUUAGAUUCAAAUAAGGCAGCUUAUUACAGCAACAAAAGUGCUGCUUUGAUUGGUUUAGGCCGCCUUAUCGAGGCAGUUUUUGAAUGCAAAGAAGCCAUCCAGAUUGAGCCUUCUUAUCACAAAGCUCAUUAUCGACUAGCAACAGCAUAUCUCAGACUAGGAGAAACAGAGAAAGCAUUAGAUCAUUACAAACUUUUGGGUCCAUACGCGUAUUCGAAAGACAUAGAUCAAUGCCAGAAUCUUCAAAAAUGCCUCAGCAGAUGCAUUGAGGCUCAAAAGUUACAGGAGUGGAAUGUUUUGUUAAAUGAGACCCAAUUGGCAAUGUCUUCAGGUGCCAAUUCAGCUCCACAGGUCUUUGCUCUACAAGCUGAGGCCUUGUUGAAGCUUCAUAGACAUGAAGAGGCAUAUUCUACCUACCAGAAGAGACCAAAUUUCAGCAUUAUUUUGUGCACUAAAUUCUUUGGCAUGGCGAACAGUGCUUAUUUGUUAAUGAUUGGUGCACAAGUUUACUUGGCUGCUGGCAGGUUUGAAGAUGCAAUGGCAGCAGCUCAACAGGCAGCACAUCUCAAUCCGGGUCACAAGGAAAUCGGCGCUGUGGUGAAGAGGGCUAGAACUGUUGCAUCAGCUCGAUCGAGUGGUAACCUUCUCUUCAAGGCAUCAAAAUUCACAGAAGCUAGUGUAGUGUAUAGCCAAGGACUAGAGCAGGAUCCAUACAACUCUGUUUUGCUAUGCAAUCGAGCAGCUUGUCGUUCUAAACUAGGCCAAUAUGAAAAGGCUGUUGAAGAUUGCACUGCAGCUCUUAAUCUGCAGCCUUGUUAUAGCAAGGCUAGGCUGCGACGAGCUGAUUGCAAUGCCAAGUUAGAAAGGUGGGGAGCUUCAGUUAAAGAUUAUGAGAUGCUGAUAAGAGAAACUCCAGGAGAUGAAGAAGUUGGGAAGGCUUUGUUUGAAUCCCAAAUCCAGCUAAAAAGACUACAUGGUGAAGAUAUUGGGGACAUGAAAUUUGGAUUAAAUUUGAUAUCCAUAGCCAACAAUGAGCGUUUCAGACACUAUGUCACCUCUCCUGGCAUGUCAGUGGUGCUCUUCUUUAGCAAAACUAGACAGAAGCAAGUGUUGCAAUCCCUGGAACAAAUGUGCAAAAGAUUCCCUUCUGUCAACUUCCUCAAGGUGGAGGUAGAAGACCACCCUUACUUGACAAAACUGGAGGACGUGAGCACCAUCCCAGCCUUCAAGAUAUACAAAAAUGGAUCAAGAGUCAAAGAAAUUCCAGGCAACCAACAUGAAAUAUUAGAAAGCUCAAUCAAAUUAUACAGCGGUUCAGGAUUGUAAAUUAGACAGAAACAAGAAAAACAAGAACUAUGCAUAUUGUGCAUAUUCAUGGUGACCUUCAAAGGAAAAAGCCCACAAUCAUCAAUUGGGCUAAUAAAGCAAGAAAAAGGGUGCGAAAGAAAUCAACCCGAAUCAUUGUAAAAGACAAUUCAGAUUGAACUUUGUACUGUUUUGCAC